AUGUCUGGAAAGACCCGCUACCAAGAGCUUUGGGCGUACCCAUUGCGCCUAUACCGCUCAUUUGGCAAAGACUCGACUGAUCUCACCUCGAAUCCUGGAUCGCUUUUAGUGCAUCCCGGCAGCAUCACCCUUGAACAAUCAGUACCGAUUGUGAAGGAAAAGUGGUACUACCCCACCGACAUCGCAAACGAUUUGGAGCAUAUCGAUCUUCCCCAGAGGGUCAAGGAAGAAGUUUACGCAUGCGCGUGGGAAUACACACGUUGUGUGAUUCCGCAGUACACUAACUGGAAACGCUAUAUAGCCUUUAUGCGCAUAAUAGUCAUAGGCAUCAUUGCAGAGUACAACGGUGAAUUAGUCAGAGUCGCAGAGACCGACACACUGCUUGGCUACAACCUCACUGCUGUUCUCGCAGACCUUUUCCAAGGCACUCGGAUUCAUACCGAGAUGGCACGGGAGUUUCGCUGCUUCCUACUCAUCACUGCUGACAAGUCGAGUAACUGGCGCGAUGGUUUACUAUUUCGAAGCUACGUCAACGCGCUUGCGAAGUCACCCAGCCAGUGGUUUCGCAUGCGAGACACGGAUGCUUUGAUCCGCUUUACGCUUGGUGCUGCCCUCGCCUGUAACGACCUCGAUAGUAUCUGGUACACUGAAAAGCAGAUGGAGACGCUAUGUGAGCUUGGUGCAACCCUCUACGACAGCGUGGCUUUCUUCAAGCAUCGUACUGAAGCGGAGACCCACUCAACAUUCGCAUACGUGCCCUCCAGCAUUCGCGUCCAGGCCUUCCAUCAGUGCCGUGAGCUACUUUGGGCUCUUGAUGUCGCAUGGGCCGGAAAGCCGGAACACCUUGUUGUCAUCAACUUCUUACGCUUCUUUGGUGGUCCUAUCCAUAUGAUGAUGCGACGCUACCGCUUCGUCGAAGAAGGCCUCACAAUCGGCCGGCCAGAAACAGAAACCAUGGUGAAGCUAGCACGCCAACACUUCAAGCUCUGGAACCGAGUCGACGCUGAGAACUGCAGCGUCCAGGAUAUUGAGCGCUACAAGGAUCUAACCGCAAGGAGCAAUGAGCUGAUGUUCAGUGGCCUCCGCGCAUUCCUGGACGCGAGCGGCGAGAAGUCAUGCGAAGACUGCCAGCAGCGUCAGACAUACGGCGCCGAGACCUCGUACGCUUUUGGAGGUGUACAGCUAUGUAGCAAGUGUAAGCAGUCGUGGGGCGCAUAUGUUCAAUCCUUCCCUGAUCGCUUUAACACUGUCUUCCCGGAAGUCCAAAAGUCGGAUGGGACUGGUUGCCAAAUCAAGUGA